AUGAAGCCUGAUUUCAAAGGCUCCAUGAUGCAAUGCAAUUCAAAAAAUAUUCUCACUGAUGAAAAGAAACAACUGCUGCGUAAGCAGAUAAUCCCCGACGCGAUACAGAUGCACAAGGACCGCCUGCUGGUGCAACCGCUCAAAGAUAGCAUCCUUGUUGAACACUUCACUGGAGAUGUUUGCUCUCACUUUACGAUUCCCCAGUCUCACCACGACACCGGUGUACCGGAUACCGAUUUCGUGCUGUAUGUAGCGGCGGGACCAACUGUACCUGGUAAUCUUGCGUGGGCAAUCACGUGCCAAUAUGACCCCAGCGGCCGCCCCCUGGUGGGUGCUUCCGAUUUUGGGUCCGUAUACACUAUGGAUAUUAUUCAUUCCACACGUAUUCUAACGCACGAGAUAUUGCAUGCGUUGGGAUUUGAAAUUGAAUUUUUAAAAAAACGAAAUAUGGUUGAUACUGUGUCUGUUCGUAAUAAACCAGCAAGUUAUGUUCUGAAGUCGCCCAAAGUGGUGGAAGUCGCGAGGGCUCAUUACGGGUGCAGUACUAUGAAGUUCAUGGAGUUGGAGGAUACAGGUGACACGGGGUCUGUCGGCUCACACUGGAAGAUGCGCAACGCAAAGGACGACUUAAUGGCUGCUGUGAAGUCUGCAAGUUUCUACACUGCCAUCACCAUAGCAGCGAUGGAGGACACGGGCUACUACAAAGGCAACUACCGCAAUGCUGAAAGCAUGGCAUGGGGUAAGAAUGCCGGUUGUGUGCUCUUUGAUAAGAAGUGCGUUAUUGACGGUGUGUCGCAGGUGCCGGAGAUGUUCUGUGAAGCUAAAGUUGCUUCAAAUAGUGAGUACAGGUGUACAUCAGACCGGAUGGGAAUUGGUAACUGCAUGAUCAAGCAUCAUUCAAGCUUGCCAAUAUAUUUCCAGUACUUCCCCGAUCCAACAAUCGGUGGUACUGAAGACUGGAUGGAUUACUGCCCGAUCAUAAAAGCAUAUUCAAACACUAUGUGCUUAAAUGGAGAUGCAAAAAUAUUGUCUGGUUCUGUGUUUUCAGAAUCUGCGCGAUGCUUUUCAGCCGUCUCGAGCACUCAUCUCCAGAUAAGCGAUGGCCAAAAUAUGCUCUCUAUUUGCGCAGACGUGCAGUGUGACAAGGACACUUCGAGGUACCGUGUGCGCGUGAAGGGUGCCAGUGAUUUCGUGGACUGUCCACCCGGAAGUACCCUUGUGCUUUCGGACUACAGUGCUGAGUUCUGGUCUGGUGCAAUCACCUGUGCACCAUACGAGGAGAUGUGCCUUAAAGCUUAUUAUUACAACAAAAAUCAACAGGUUUCUACUUCCGAUACGACUAUUAUUGCGUAUAAGUUUACAUACACUCUUGUUGCAGCGAUGACAGCAAUGAUUGUUCUCGCUGAAUAUUGA